AUGUAUGCGGCUACUGAAUCCGGGAGAUAUCGACAAGAUCGUGGCGAUUACAGGGCUUGUUAUCCGGGCUGCCCCGGUAUGAAGCACCGGGGAAAGAUCGCCGAACCGCAACGUUAUCCCCGGGAGGUGUGCGACCAGCCUAGGGUGAUGGGCCUGAUCCACAACCGCUGCGAGGUCGCCGACCAACAGGUGGUCAGACUCCAGGAGACAUCAGACGAAAUGCCCAAGGGCCAAGCCCCUCACAGCGUUAGUCUUUGCGUCUACGACGAACUCGUCGACUCCGAAACAUUAGUAGCUUAA